AUGGCGGUGCUGCCUGAGGUGCCUGUCACGACGGAGGAAGUGAAGAUCGACGAUAUUCAACUAUGUGGAUCGGACAGUCAAGCCCCAGAAGAGAUCGAGCGACUUCGCCAGAAGAUUUGGAAGUUCCGACACCUCUUGAUCGGGAAAGGAAAUGCCCUCCCGCCGGCCGCCAGAGGCGUGGUGUGCGAUAUCGACGUCGGAGGAGCGAGACCCAUCGCCCUCAAGUGUCGUAAGUUGCGGAUCCAGUUCAGAGAAAAGCUGGCAGACCUGAUCAAGGAUCUAUUGUCCGCCAAGAUGGUCAAUUAUUCCAUAUCACCAUGGGCUUCACCCAUCGUGGUGAUCAUUAAAAAGAAUGGGGUGGACAUCCGGCUA